AUGGCCGUCGUCACAGUAACGGUUAGAGCUUCGUCACGAGGCUACUAUGAGCACUUUUCGCGCCUUGAGACGGAGACAGCUGAGUUGGCAAAGCAAAUUGUCCAGCUUGCAGCGGAGAACAAGCUUACUAGGCUGAGAAAGAACCAGGAACAACAGCUUGCUCAAUUGCGCGAGGCUCAAAAGCAAAGUUUUCGACAAGCCCAGCUGAUCGAAUCCAAUCAGCAAGACGUAGAGAAUGUGCUUUCGGUCAUUCGCAGCGCGUUAGCCAGUGGUUUGGAUUGGCGUGGUCUGGAAGAGCUUGUCAAGUACGAGCAGAAGAAUGGCAACCCUGUGGCAAGUCUCAUCCACAAACUCGAUCUCGAGCAUAACCGCGUAGCACUUUUGCUUUGCGAUGACGACGAGAGUGACGAAGACGAAUACGGAGGUGAUGGUACGGGUGAGGAAGACAGACAGGCUCACAUCAUCUGGAUCGAUUUGUCACUAUCGACGCUUGCCAAUGCACGAGAAGUCUAUACGAAGAAGAAGAAAGCUGGAGCGAAGGCGAUCAAGGCUUCGGAGGCAACUGACAAAGCAAUUGCACUGGCUGAGAAGACCACUUUGAAAACCCUAGAAAAGCAGCAAACGAAGCGAAAUGUGAUCUACCAGCGGCGCAAAGCGCUUUGGUUUGAAAAAUUUCAUUGGUUUCUUACCAGCGAAAAGAACUUGGUGGUUGCUGGAAAAGAUGCGCACUAG